AUGUCUUCUAAAACCGUCGUCGUCGUGGGUGCCACUGGCUUACAGGGAGGAUCUGUUGUUGAAGAAUUUCUCAAGUAUCCCAAUGAGUAUCGCAUCAAGGGUCUUACCCGCGAUGUCUCCAAGCCAGCUGCGUUGAAGCUUGCGGCAAAGGGAGUGGAUGUUCAAACUGCAGACCUCAGCGCUGGCCAAGAAGCACUGGAAAAUGCCUUUGCCGGGGCAAGCAUCAUCUUCGGCCUAACUGAUUUCUGGGCUACUAGGUCCAAGGUCAUUGAGAUUGCGCAGGGUAAGGCCUUGGUGGAUGCCGCUGCCAGGAUUCCGACGCUGGAACACUUUGUGUGGAGUGCUCUGCCUGAUCCGAUGGAGCUUUCUCAGGGGAGAUUCUACCAUGUGCACCAUUGGAAGAGCAAGGCAGAUGUAACAGAGUAUAUCAAGGAAAAGCAGCCUGAGCUGUGGAAGAAAACGACGACGGUUUUGUUCCCCAAUUACUUUGAGAACUGUUUGACUGACCCUCAGGGGUAUUUGCCACGCAAGGUCUCUGGAAAGCUUGUGCGCGAGUUUCCAGUUGGUCCCCACACACUUUUGCCAAACGUUGCCAUUGCCGACACGGGCAAGCUCGUUCGUACUGUUGUGGAGAAUCGGCAGACCUAUUUCGAAAAGUCAAUCGCAUUCUAUGCUCAGGGAAUAUCGGAGGGCGACAAGCUGGUUACACUGGCGAAGGAAAUUGGCAUUCCAUUCGAGUACAAGAAAUCAACCCCAGAGCAGUUCCAGAGACGACUGGAAGCGGCUGGCAUGACGCCCGAGACGGCUCUGGAUUUCACGGAGCAGCUCUUGAUAUUCGAAUAUUUCGGCAACAUUUAUGCAAGCCAUGAUUUUGUUCAGGCUAAAGAGAUCCCUGGCCUGUCGUUGCAGUCGUGGGAAGAGUUUGUCCUUGAGAACAAGGAGGAAUUGGUGGAGAAGAUUGAAUCAGGAAACGGUCCUUCUCGGUGGUAA